CUUGCCAGUCAAAGGCAGCGGCGGCGUCUCCUCCUCUCAGUGGCUCUUGGCAAGAUGACUGCGCACAGCUUCGCCCUCCCGGUCAUCCUCUUCUCCAUCUUCUGGGGGCUGGUGGGCUUCGCCGGGCCAUGGCUCGUGCCGAAGGGGCCCAACCGCGGAGUGAUUAUUACCAUGUUGGUGACCACUGCCGUUUGCUGCUAUCUCUUCUGGCUGAUAGCAAUCCUGGCCCAAGCCAAUCCAUUGUUUGGACCUCAACUGAAGAAUGAGACCAUCUGGUAUGUGCGCUUCUUGUGGGAAUGAUCUGAAUGGCUACAGAUGCAACAGACUUUCUUCGGAUGCUAGAUGCAGCUCACCCCUUGGUCCUUCUGGUAUAAAUUCUAUACGUCUUAACUGACAACCCCAAAUGUCCCCAUAGCAAUAAGACCAAGAUCCAAGCACAUCAAGGGACCAUUUUAUAUGGAGGGCCACCUACUUCCCAUUUUAACUGUGUAGCUUGAGGUGUUUUACUAAUGCUUUUAAAUAAUCAAUAACUGGACUCUCUUGGCAGAUGGGGGGAAUGGAAGUCCUAUUAUUACUACAGUUUAUUUAUAAAGCGCUGUAAAUUUACACAGCGCUGCACAUAAUUAAGUUAAAAAUAGAGACCUGCCUGAGACAUAUAAUGAACCCUAAGAUUAAAUCUGUGCUGAUUGAGCUCUCUUGUGUUCUCUUUGCUAAGACAAAGCACUUUCCUUACUUUGCAAAGGCAUUUGUAGCCCCACUCUGUGUUUUGGUCUGUAAAUGUCAAGGCUUCUGUGUCAAGGUACUUACACUUCUUCCUCUAUGUUGAUUACCAGUGGUUAAUGUAUUUAUCUGGUGUAAACUUGUACUGUGAAAAUAAAAUUUUAGUAUGUAA